AUGUCCGAUUUCUUUCCUGAAGAAAUCCUAGAAAAAAUCCUGUUGCGGCUGCCCGUCAAAACCCUAAUAAAAUUCACCACAGUCUGCAAGUCAUGGUUGUCACUAAUCAAAGCCUCUACCUUCGUUCAAUCCCAUCUCUGCACCACAAUCGACUCCUACAACCAAAACGACGCUCACCUCCUCCUCAGCGCUAUCUCCUACUCCAAAGAAAACAUCUCUUCUGAGCAUCACUGGUUGCAUUGGGAUAGCCCUGAAUUUGGUGAGUAUUCCAAGCUUUCCAAUCCACUCUCUUUCUCCACACCUGUCAGUGAUUUAGGUGUUUUCGGAACCUGUAACGGGCUUGUGUGCCUUGAGAUUUAUAAUCGGUACAACAGGUAUUCUUCUCCCGCCGUAAUUUGGAAUCCUUGUAUUCGAAAGAUUGUCAAGUUGCCUAGUCCACCUUCUUGUUUUACAUCUGCCAAAUACCGCAAUUACAGAAAGCACGAAUCGCAUGGCUUUGGCUACGAUUCACAUUCUAAUGACUAUAAGGUUUUAAGAGUUGCGAGUCUUUCUGACGAUCAUUCGGACUUGUCCCGAUUCACCACUGUGGUUCAGGUCUACUCCUUGGCCAGGGGAUCCUGGAGGAGUCUUAGUGCUUCUGCUGUUCCGGUGGAUUUGCAGGGAGGUGGUUCGGAACGUCCUGCUUGA